GGGUCACUCUAAUCGAACGGAAUCAAAAAAGUCGCGGACGAAACCGAAUUCUUGGAAACUGCUUUUUAACCGAUUUAAUGCAGUUUAUUGCUAUUGAAUAAGAGUUGAAAGUAAAGGCAGCACCAGUGUUGAAGUGACAACAAUUUAAAAUAUAUUUUACGGGUUUCUCUCGUAUGUUUCUUGUCGCGCCUCCACCAAAAACCAUAUUAAAAAGCAUUAAAAUUCCAUAAUUAAACAAAAUACAGGUCGCAAGGCUUAAAAAACAAAAUUUGGAAUUAAUCACCUGCGCCGACUGCGACGCCAACGCCAUUCUCUCUCGCUCUUUAUUUUCGGUGCGCGCGUCGCUUUCUUACCCGCAGCGCAGCAGCGCAGUCGCAGCAGCUGAAAAAUAUUAACGAAAACACGGAGAAAAGUGUAAAUUGAACAACGGGGCGCUGCGAUUUAUAUAACACAAAAUCGAAAACAACAAAACCAAGCAAACCUGUUAUUAGCUGUUUUGUGUGCGUGCUAAACAAAUUCUCGGCUUCAAAACAACACACACAAAUAUACUCUUCCAGAAUACAAAAAAAUACACAGAAUAGUCGCAAAAUGCAAAAUUGAUCGGGGAGAGCAGCGUAAUCAUCGUGUGUAAAGUGGAGUAGUGUCCCCCCAUAAAAUCGGCCAAAAUAGUUAAGCAACAAUAAGCAUCCUUUGUAAAUAAAAGUGCUAUACAUACACACAGGCUUACAACAAAAACGUAAGCAGCGGUAAAAACGAGAAGCAGGAGAAGAGAGGAGACCAACAACAGCAACACGAUGAACAAGACCUGUGCGCGUUGUCAGAAGGUGGUUUAUCCCAUCGAGGAACUCAAGUGUCUGGACAAAACAUGGCACAAAACGUGUUUCAAAUGCACAGAGUGCGGCAUGGCGCUCAAUAUGAAAACCUACAAGGGCUACAACAAAAUGCCCUACUGCGAGGCACACAUACCGAAGGCCAAGGCAACGGCCAUUGCCGAUACGCCCGAACUGAAGCGCAUCGCGGAGAACACGAAAAUCCAAUCGAACGUUAAAUACCAUGCGGACUUUGAGAAGGCCAAAGGCAAAUUUACACAGGUGGCCGAUGACCCGGAAACACUGCGGAUCAAGCAGAACACGAAGCACAUAUCGAAUGUGGCAUAUCAUGGCGAUCUGGAGAAGAAGGCGGCCAUGGAGAAGCAGCGAGGAUCUGCCGAGGUGUCCGACAGCAGCAAUGAAUCGGAAUAUUUCUCUGAGCAAUUGGCAGCUGAACAAUUAUCGCAAUAUGCACCCACAGCCUCACCCAUACCGCCAGCAGUGUCAACACUACACCAGCAACAGCAGCAGCUGCAACAUCAGCAAUAUCAGCAGCAACUGCAGCAGCAGCAACACCAACAGCAGCAGCAGCAACAACACCAACACUAUCUGCAACAGCAGCAACAGACCCUGCCACCGCCACCCAUACAACACCAGCAAUACAACACAGCGGCCAUAACGCCCACAUACCAACAGCUACAACAGCAACAACAGCAACAACAACAACAACACCACCAGCAACAGCAACAGCGAGCCCAGCAGCAACUGCACGAUCCCUAUGCCCAUUACCAGCAACCGCAGGCCUUGCGCCUGCAGCAGCAGCUACAGCAGCAGCAGCAACAGCAGCAGUUGCUGCAACAGCAAGCCAUUAAACAAGCCUCCCAUCUGUAUCCCACAGCAACAUCCCAGCAGCAGCAUCAACAGCCACAACAGCUGCAGAAUGCGCAGCAGCAUCACCAGCAGGCACAACAACAACAGCAGCAGCACCACCAGCAACCACAACUGCAGAAUGUGCAGCAACAUCAGCAGAAUUCGCAGCAACAUCCGCAGAAUUCACAACAGCAGCAGGCUCUUAAUAGCUACAAUGAGAUGCGCUCAGCCAUACUCCAGAAUUCGCAUCAUCCCAGCGGCAACUCUGCCGAUCAGUAUGAUCAUCAGCCCCAACAGCCGCAGCAGCAGCACAACAGCAACCCCACAAUGGUGGCUGCUCCACAACAGCAACAUAGCCUGCUGAACAACAAUCAGAGCAAUGGCAACAUUGGCGGCGUUAGCAGCAAUCACAGCUUGAACAAUAAUAAUGGGCAUAGUCAGCAACCGACAACGACGAUCAACAAUAGCCAACAAAUGCUGCCGCCACAAAUGAGACGCUCGGCGGCCAGUGUGACUGGAGGAGCAGCAUCAGCUGGAUCAGGAGUUCAGCAGCUGUAUGCCUCACCCAAUUAUGCCUCGAUUUCACCAUCAGAGAAUGCCAUAAAUGCCAAGAAUGCCAGCAAUGGCCAUGUGCCCACCAUGGUGGCCAGCGGUGGUAAUAUAGGAAAGAUAGCCGACUAUGAUCCGUUGACGGAUGGGCCAAGGGUGGUGCCCCAGUCUGGCAGAUCCAGCACUACAUUGGUGUACAGCUCAGCAGGUGGUGGCAACAGUGUGUAUCCCAAAAAGAUUGGCUCCAUUUCUGACAUUGAUCCAGCCAAUGGCAUCUAUGGCUCGCUGAGCAGUGCCGAGCAGGCUCUACAGCACCAACAGAAGCAACAGCAGUACUACCAGCAGGUGCAGAUGAUGCAGCAGCAAGAGCAUCCCCCACAGCAACAGCAGCAGCAGCAGCAGUUGCGCCAGCAGCCAUCCUAUGUCUCCCUGCAGGAUAAACAGUCGCGCCAGAGCAGUGCCUUGCGUGUCUAUCGAGCCAUCUACGACUACGAGGCGCAGGACGUCGACGAAGUCAGCUUCUGUGAGGGCGAUGUCAUCUUUGAAGUGGAAUCCAUUGACUCUGGCUGGAUGACCGGUCGUGUGGAGCGAACCGGCAAGACCGGCAUGCUGCCUGCCAACUAUGUGGAGCAGGCGGUUAUAUAA